GCCAUUACUGGUCGCACCCUCCUUGCCUGCAACAUGUAGUCGCACCGCUCAGGAUCACCGACACCAUCAACCAAAGUCCUUCGCACUUACGGUGAUGGAUCUCAAUCAUCUGACAUACCGACUUGUCGACAGGCAGAACCCGCAAGUGUUUCUGUUUUGCGUUGUUGCAAGACUUGGCCCAGAUGACACGCACCGGCCGCUGGCUGUAGCCCAGGGGCCAUGCCACUGCCACCCCGGCUAUGCACCACUCAACCUCGAUGCCAACGAUCUAGUUCGAAUUCGCAGAUAUCUCUCAUCGCCCGACAACCGUCAUUACAUCAAAGCCGAGUUGAAGCUUGCCGCCGACUUUUAUCGUGCGGGUGGCCCAGGGGCAAGCUUACCACGUAUCGAAGUGCCCAGCCCGGUAGAGUUAGAGCCGCCUUUGGAUGAGCGACAGGCAGAGGCUCUUCGACAGACACCGAUACCCAAGGCAAAUUUCGAGUUUCCCUUCACUCUCAACUGUCUGCUGACCGCUAUGAACUCGACAUCAUGGGGUGGUCAGAGGAUUUGUGGUAAUGUGCGCCCAUGGCCGCUCGGGUCCCUGUACAAUCCCCUUAAUCUUGGCCAGGGCCUUGUUGUAUUUGACAUCACCGAUUGCGACAAUAUUGCAUACGGUAUCCAUGCUUUCACGCCAGAGUGGUAUGGCUGGGUAUACGAAGAUUCUGAAUUCGGAUGGGAUCCUGUUGAGGACACGCCACCCCGAAACCCCACUCGAGGCAUGCUUCCCCCGGGCUUGUCCAUAGACCACGUCCCCUUGUCAGCUAGGGAACUGGUGGACAAGUUCUCGAGCAGUCGUGAGAGCAACGCAGAUGCUCUGGCUCAGCUCAAUGGCGUACCUGUCAUCGAUGUGUCUGCAUCUGACUUCAUAUGGCCCCGCGCAGAAACGACCGGGAAUAGUUCUAUUUACCAAGACUGCUCGCCAUCAUCGACAGCUCCAACUUCUGAGGCUGCACCUGCCCAGAGUCCUCAGAUCCAAGGACGACGUGCUCGAAACCUUAAGGAUCAGGCUAUCGCUAGCUUGUUGCACCAUGUAUCUGCCAUUGAUCGUUUCAGCACGGACACCUUCGACGUAAUACGGCAAAUCCCCGACUUCCAACAGCGAUUGUUGGACCAACUCAAAGCCAAUCCCAGCCAAGUUGGAACUUCGGCAGCAUCGGCCCAGCUUCUGAGUCUCGCCUACGCUGGCGAGAAGGAUCUGGAUUGGGCAUGCUAUCAUAUCCCUCUCGCCUCGCUAGACCUAGCCCUUGCCGAUUCAUCCCUGAAAAGUUGUCGCUCAAUAUCGAUAUCGCUUGAGACCCUGCAGACAACGCCCGAAAAGUUGCUCAAGGUCAUUCUCGCCGCCCCGGCGACUAAUCACAUGCUCGACGCCUACUACAAGCUCCGCCGUUAAUGUCUGGGUAUCUCAGUUGCUGCCUCCGCGGGAGCCAGUCGGUCGAUGACAGCAAUAUGAACGAGAAUUCGCGACCAGCGCAACUAUUACCGAUCGGCAUCUUCCCCGUGCGGCACAUGCUCGUCAAGCGCACCGGCCGUCCACGAUAUCUGCAUGCA